AUGGGUGAGCCCAAAGUUAGAGAUAUCAGACGCUAUUUCUGCAAGUUUUGCGGUGUUUGCAGAUCCAAAAAGGCCCUCAUCACCUCUCACGUCAAUUCACAUCACAAGGAGGAGGUCGAAAAGGAAAGAGCUAAAAGAGAAAGAGCACCCGAAGCUGAAGCUGUGAAAACCAACACGUGCGGGGAAUGCGGUGCCGGUUUCAAGAAACACGCUUAUUUGUUGCAGCACAUGCAAAGUCAUUCGCUUGAGGACUCCAUAAGAACUCAUUUUCUCCAGUGCAUGUUUAGACUUGAUGGAUCAGUAUCAGGUAGGGAGACCUCCUGUGAAGCUCCAUCAAGGAUGCCUCGUUCACGCAAAAUUGAGAGGCCAUAUGUGUGUGUUGUUGAUGAUUGUCAGGCAAGUUACCGAAGGAAGGACCACCUGACUCGUCACCUUUUACAGCAUCAAGGGAAGAUUUUUAAAUGCCCUGUUGAGAACUGCAGCACUGAGUUCUCUUUGCAAAGCAAUGUGACACGACAUGUUGAGGAGGUCCAUGAUGACAGUUCUACCUAUACCAGUGACAAAACUCACAUGCAGCAUACAUGUCCAGAAAUUGGCUGUGGAAAGAUUUUCAGAUUUGCAUCACAGCUACGAAAGCAUGAAGAUUCUCAUGUUAAGCUGGAGUCAGUAGAACUGGUGUGCUUAGAGCCUGGUUGCAUGAAAAAUUUCACCAAUGCUCAGUGCCUUCAAGCCCAUGUAAAAUCCUCUCAUCAAUACAUGACCUGUGAAACAUGUGGUACUAAGCAGCUAAAGAAGAAUAUUAAGCGUCACCUUCGUUCACAUGAAGCUGUCAGUUCAUCAGAGACCUUUCGAUGCGGGUUUAAGGGUUGUAGCUGCACAUUCUCAAGAAAAUCUAAUCUUGGGAAGCAUAAGAAGGUUGUGCACUUUAAGGAAAAGCCUUUUGUGUGCGGAUUUCCUGACUGUCGCAUGAGAUUUGCUUACAAACAUGUGCGAGAUAACCACGAGAAAACCGCAAAACAUGUUUUUACCCUUGGUGAUUUUGAAAAGGCUGAUGAGGAGUUCAGGUCAAGACCAAGGGGAGGGAGGAAGAGAAAAUGUCCUACGGUUGAAAUGUUAGUCAGGAACAGGGUUACCCAACCGAGUGAAUUGGAGAGUUGGUUACUCAUGCAGGAUAGUGAGUAA